GAUUUGUCUAACUUGUACAAUAUGGCGUCUAAAGGAAAAAUAAAAGGUGUAACAUAAAAUAUGUGUGGAAGAAUGUAUUGGCUAUGGUAUCUGAAUCUAUGAGGAAAAAAAUUCAGUUACAAGAUGCGCUAAUUUAAUAUCUAGUAACUAUGGCCAGCUGUAUAGACUAUGACCAGACUGCUGACGAUCACCAAUCAAUAUUGGUGUUAGUCAGACACACUGGCUCUCAGCUCCCUGUACAGAGUUUCAACAGAGCUUUUGAGAAGAUAUCACGGGUUGACAGAAUAUAUGUGCAAGGGCAGAAACGGAAUAUUUCAGUUAAAUAUAAAAAGUAUUACCCUGUAGAAUCUAACUCCUGGGGAGAUUUUCAAAGCCAUCGCAAAGUCUUAGGCUUGGUGACUAUAGGAAAAUGCAUUGACCAUGAUGAAUUUGGAGACCUGUUUACCAGUUACAAAUCAGUCAAAGAGGAGUAUGCAUCUAGUAUUAUAAAUUCAAGGCUUAUUGUUUUUGGAAUGAACACGGAUGGAUCGCCCAUUGAUCAAGGUAAAGACAAGCAUCUUAAUGAGAAAUCUGAAAAACACGAGCAUCAAACCUCGGACAAUGGCGAUAGCAGUUUAUCUUCAAACCAAAAUUCAAAUGCCACAAGAGUUGUGAGCCCUAGUAUUCUAGAACCAGUGGUGGAACACUCUGAAGGGGAUAAUGAGGUCUUCACUUCCUCUGUGGAGUCUACUCACAGCAAUACCUCAGAAACAACCACUGCUCAUAAACAUGAAGAAAGAAGACCCCAUAGCAACAGUCUGACAAAGGAAAGCAGUGGUUCUGAAAUUGUGUUUUAUCCUAAUUUAGAAACUUCUUUGGAUCUUGAAGAAAGGAUUAAAGAGUUCAUAACCUCCCUGUAUUAUGUUCUGGAAGGGAAGCGGCUUGACAGAUCAUUUGAAAGAAAUGACAAGCUUGUAUUGUUAUGUGCACCUUUUGAGAGAAAAGAUUAUGUUGGUGUAGAUACAGACACCAAAUCCUUUAGAAAAAAAUGUAUGGGGCGCCUUCGAAAGCAUUUGGGUGAUCUCUGUCUACAAGCUGCAAUGCCUGGAGAAGCAAUACUUCAUUACAAUACAGCUCUGGAUUUGCUGCGUUCAGUCAAUGAUUUCUUGUGGAUGGGCGCUUGCCUUGAGGGACUAGCCUGCUCCAGUGUUAUUUUAGGCUACCCAAAAAUGUCACCUAUUGGCUUAAAGAGAAAUUUGUCAUUCCAAGUAAACAGUAGCUCUACCAGCCCUGAGGCCAAAUCAAGAACAGGCUCAAGCUAUUCAAAUGGAUUGGAUAUUAUGACUGAAAGUACUUUACCAGCUGGGGCUAACAUUGACGAUGUUGUUGAGAAAUAUAAAGAGGCGAUUACUCAUUACAGCAAGUUCAAGAAUGCUGCUAUGAUUGAAAUGGAGGCCUGCCUCAAAGCAUGUCGAUUUUUAAUUCUGCAACAUAAAUAUUUGCAAGCUUCCGACUUUUUACAGAAUGUUGUAUACAUACACCCACCUUCACAUGAAGAUGACAGAAUUCAGCGCUACAUAACACUCUCAUCACUGUACAGUGAGAUAGGGUUUAGGCGCAAAGCUGCAUUUUUCCGCCGGGUGUGUGGAAUGCAGUUUGUUGCUCCAGAGAGCUCCCCCAGCUGGUCGCAGUGUUAUGAGCUGCUGCUGCAAUGUCUAGAGGGCUACUCCUUGUCCAUCAAUCCAAAGGAAAUUAACAGGGAUCAUCCAUCUGGCUGGCCUGUGCUCCAGUACAGAGUGCUGCAUGAGCUUGUGUACUCCGCCAGGCGCAUGAGUAAUCCCCAAAUUGCUGUAAGACACAUGACCCUGAUGGCUGAUGUCAUGCUGCCCCACCUGAAUGUCACUGACCAGAAGGAGGUCAUCACAGGCCUGUCAACCUUGACCCAGAAGUGUCAAGGCAACCCUCAGCCAAUAGCCCUGGACUCUGGUCUCAUCCUACCCCCUGUUCCCCUUCUCUCACUGCCAAUUGUAAGAUCAUUUAAGCUGUUACCCCCUAGUCCCCACCUGCAGGCUAGCAAGAUGGAUCUAUCUGAUGUAGUAGACCCUGCCAGUAUGUUUAUUUACACCCCUCUCACUCUCGGCAACAAAAAAGCUGACGAAAGCAAACCUGAUUUUAAAUGGGUGUCUGGUGAUGUUUGUGAAGCUUCACUACAGCUGAUAAAUCCUUUAACAGAUGAGCUCAAAAUUUUUUAUAUGGUGCUGUUGACUGCUGAGUUGGAAACAGAAGUUUUUCCUGCCAGUCCAGUUAUUCCUCCUGACUCAGGUCUAAUGAAUAUUAAACUGAUGGUCAAGCCCAAAGCUACUGGGGUACUCAAAGUCUUAGGGUACACAACUAUAGUCUGUGGUGUAAAAAGCAACUGUCGACUCCGUGAUCUCAGAAACCUGCGACCCUCUCCUAUGACUGAGAUAGUCAUAGAAGUCAUCCCUCCCCUGCCCCAAGUUGUGCUGUCCUGCUCUCUUCCAAAGUCCACUGUGUUUUCCUCUGUCGGGGGUGUGGCCGAUGUUGUGGCCACAGGCUCAGCCAUUUUGUUUGCUGGCCAGAGCCUGGAAUGUAUCGUCACCUUACAGAACACAUCUGAGUUACCUCUUGAGAAGUUAACUGUCAAACUCAACUCUAAACAUGAUGUACAAAAUUCCCUGUCCCGGAUCUUAAGCUGGAGUGAAGAGAACAUCAACUCUCAGCUGCCACUCCUACCCACACAUCACCUCUGUUUUUCUCUGUGUAUCAAUGGGGACAGCAACUUCCUGCACCCAGCAGAGCUAACUUCAUAUUCUCCGAUGUCCCCCACCAGUCGGUCAAGAGCUGAGAGUGUGGACAACAAAGACAAGACAAUAGAUGCAGUGUUAUCUGUGCAAUACAGUGGUGGGGAGGGGAUGAAAGCUGGGUACUGCAGGCAGUGCUCACUGGCCCUUAACCUGGACAUACUGCCCAGUGUGUACAUCACUGGCUGGGAUGUACAGCAUACUGACAGUUUUAGUGAUUGCCGCAUGUGCCUGGACCUAGUCAAUGUGUCGAGCCACCAGAUAGAUGUGCAAUAUGGCAACAACCAAAACAUUAUCUUAGAACCCCAGCAAACACGCAGAAUUUGUAUGACCGUGCCACGUAUUGAUUUGAACCUUGUUGACACAAGCAAUGUACAGAAGGAUUGUGUCUCCUUGCACUACAAGACCAAAACUCUGCCAGAUCCGUACAGCCAGAUUCUGGCCAACUAUGUGGAUAUCAGGUGGUCUAUGCCUGUGGCCAAGGCAAGUGGAAAAGUUGGCAUAGAAUACAUCAAGUGGUCACCUGAACAGCUGUCUGUGCUUCUCUCUCCAGUGGUCAGAUGGGAAGUUCAGUUGAACAAGAAGACAUUCAUGACUUCGUCAAGAUUCAGAUUUACUGUUGGGGAGAUCAUAGAAGUAACUGUGAUUGUUCAAAAUACAACAGAUGAAGAAAAAACUAACUCCUCCCUUUCAAUUGAACCUUGCCAGCGUCAGUUAGCCGGGGACCUGGAAAUGGAUUCUGUCAACAUGUCAGUGAUUGGCUGUUCAGCUUUGUAUGUCCCACAGAUACCUGCCAGUUCGGAGGUCGCUCACACCUGCUCAUUUAUUUUCUUCACCCCUGGCUGGUACUCACUGUGUAUCACCUGUAAGCACAACCUUCAAGCCAGCAACCAUAGUCAUUCAACAGAAGUAAGCUCAAACGAGGGUGAACAUCCAAAUAACAAGUCAGCUGUGAGUAGAGGGGAGGGUGAUAAAGGUUUGUCCAGGAGGAAUAGUGACUGGUUGUGUACCAUACCUAUAAGGUUUGAAGUGACUUAAGCUCAAAGAUAGUAGAAAUUUUGUAGUUAGUUCAAGCAAAAAAAAAGUAAAUGUUAAUUAAUUAUAGUAAACAUGAUAAUUAUGUUUAAUAUUUAUAUGAAAUUAUAAUUGUAACCUGUGAUUUAGAAAUGGUAUAAAAAAUUGAGUCAAGAGUGAAUUUUUAAUUAAGUUAUAUAUUUUUUUAACCCUUUGAUGACCAACGGACCAGAAAAUUAAUACUGACUUCAUGAAAACAAAACUAUUAAAAUGCUCAUGUCUGAAUGUAUGUACUCUGAACGUUGAAUGCUGUGGCUGAAUUCUGCCUAGACUUACCGUAAAUACUUCUGUAAUCAUUCACAAAUAAAACAUCCCUCAUUUGUUAAAAGGGUUAAGUUGUGAUAAUUGUAUUUUAUGCUGACAAUUUGAGACCCCCAAUAUACUUGAAAGGUAGGGGAUUUGUAUAGUGUUGACCUUCUAACUCAACUGAACUUCCUCUGAUUGUAGAAACAGUAAUGUAUGCAAAAACUCAACUGAGUUGGAGUUUAAUUCUGGUAUUUAUUCUCAAAUGAGGAACAUCAUCGUGUUAUAAUUGUUUAAUUUUUUAAUUUUGUUAAACUUCUUUUUUGUUUUUAAUUUUUAUCUAUGGAUUGCAAGUAUCACUUUGGGAUGUGUCCUAAAGGAAUAUUAGUUAUCAUUUUUGUUAUAGGCCUUGUUCUGAAAGAAAUUAUGUUAUCAGAGUUUUAAAAAAUUAUACAAUUCCCCAUGUUGUGAUGUACAUGAAAAUUUUUCCCGUCAUGUGAUUAUUAUUGCCAAAAAAAAAAACAACCCCAGAAAAUGUAUGAAAGUGUGAGUGUGCUUGGUGAGUGGCUUCUGGGAUACCGUUAAUAUUUACCUGCUUGACCCUGCUUGUGAAAGAGAAAAAUUAUAUUUCACACUUUACCGUGUUAAAUUGUAUUUUACCAAUUAUAUUUUACCGUGGUUACAAAUUAUAUUUCACACUUACCAUGGUAACAAACUAUUUUUCACACAUACCAUGGUAACAAAUUAUUUUCUCAUUGACCAUGGUAACAAAAUUAUAAUUCACAUUUCACCAUGGUAACAAAUUAUUUUUCACAUUUCACCAUGGUAACAAAUUAUUUUCUCACUGACCAUGGUAACAAAAUUAUAAUUCACAUUUCACCAUGGAAACAAACUACAUUUCACAUUUCAUCAUUGUAUUCAUAACUGCUUUCAUCGUCCUUGACAACCUAUGUAGAUGUUUAAAUACUGUAUAUGUAUUUCACUUGUUUUUCUUAUUUUACAUAUUCACAUUAGUAGUAUGUAUGAUUUAUAUACUAGUAGAAUUUCUAACUAGUUUUUCAUUAACUUUUAUGUUAAAUAUAAAACCUAUUUUAGAUUUUUUUUUUUCCUUUUUUCAAGUUGCUUUUUGUUUAAAAUUCAAGGUUGUAUCUGCCUUAUUUCAUACAGGGUGUGAGCCUAAUCUACAUGUUUUUUUUUUUCUAUCUUUUACUUGGUUUCCUUAUGUUUCUACACCUUUAUGUUCUUGUGAAAAAAAAAUUUUUAUACGUAGUGUACUUUUUCUUCAAGUAUACUUAAUUCUUGCGUAUAAAUAUUUUUUGGACCUAUCUCAUUUGUAAUAGCUGCUUUUUAGCAAAGAAACCUUAUGCAAUUUUUAAAUAACUAAAAAUAUCUUUAAAACAUCUUUCAGGCAUAGAAAUGUUGCAAAUUAAUUUUUUUCUUCAAUAAGCCUAUUGGGUUAUACUUUUUCAUCUGCAUAAUAUUAUUGUUUUUUUUAAAAUCAUGCUAAAACUUUCAGUAAUAAAUAACAGAAAUUUAGAAAGUGUGUGACUAGACUUUCAGUAAUAAAUAACAGAAAUUUAGAAAGUGUGUGACUAGACUUUCAGUAAUAAAUAACAGAAAUUGUAGAAAGUGCUUGGUGCAGUACAUUUUUGCUUGUUUUUAUUUAAUAGGUCAUUAUUGUAUCUACUUGUUGUUGGCUGUUUAAAAAAAAAAAAUCCAAGUCCAUACAAGUGUUAUGUUAUUUACAAGAGACAUGUAUUGUUUCAUGGUUCUGCACAUGUAUGUUAACGUGAAAGACCAGUGGUUACAUAAUAGUUAUGAAUAUCCAGCAAGUCGGUGGUCAGUUGUUUUUUUUUUAAAGCCUAGACCAAUAUUAGUGGCCAUUCCAAUUCCUGGCCAUGGCCUACUUACUGUCCAUGGUUGCGCUCUGCGGUCAAGUUUACGGUCAUUCGACUGGGGUUUUUUUUGUUAGCCAUUGAAAAUAAUGUAUUGCUAGAAAUAAAAAAAUUGUUCUAAAAAAUGUACACAAGUAAAUUUAAAAAGUUAUUUAAAUUUCUAUGCAUUUAUGUCAAUUUUAGCCUCUAAAGUGUAAAUGUAAUUAUUUUUUUAAAAUGUAAUUACAAAGUUAGUUUGAUGUCAUUAUUUUUUGCCAUUACAAUUUAAUGCCUGAUGAAAGAAAUCUGUUGUAAAAAAUGAAUAGAAUGUGCUCUGCACAAUUUAAAAUUUUGUUUUCAAUAUCAACUAUUAUGGCAAUAUUUUUGAAGUAAAUCAGAGAUAUAACUUUUAUUGAUGUACAUAUACAUUUGAAAUGUAUGUUAAUGUUGCAUAUGAUAAUUUAAAUGAACACAUAAAAACCUGUGUGGAAAAUUUUGGCUAGAUCAGUUUGAAAUUAAUUAGUAAUUUGAGAUUAAAAAUUUCUAGUCUUGAGACCUGUUUUAAUUAUUUAUUAUCCACAGUUACCUUUUCCUUGUACAUUUUAUACUUUAAAAAAAAAUUAAGCUUUUCAUGUACAUUUAAGUAAUUUAUUUUUAAAUUUUAACACAGAAUAAGUUAUAUUUUCCUUAAAACACUAAUAUUCUUUUUAUAUAGUAAAUUUCCUUCUUCAAAUAUUAUGUUAUGAGGAUAGUAUUUUAUGUAUUAAAUAUCGAUUAAGAUAGACUUCUGGAAUAAUUUGCAGUAUGUGGCAUACUUUCCGAUACAUCUAUUCACAAACCCGCAUACACUUCCCCAUAUACUAGUAAAAAAAAAACAGAUUUUCUCAGCAUGCACACAUUACAAUAUUUUGUUAGUCUAUCAGCAUAGUAAUAAAACUUUGUUUUUCAUAUGCUAGCAUUUUUUUUUAUAUGCAUUAUGUAGUCACCCAACAAUUACAGGUACUAAGCGAUUCAUUUUACACACAUAUUUUAUACCUGUAUUCAUUGUAUCAACAUUAAAACACAGAUCCUUGUCCACAACAAACAAUUUAAAAAAUUUAAUGAAACUAGUAAAAAUUUCUUUAUCUGGCCUUAUAGCCUUAAAUUACAAACUGUGCCAGUUUGCCAUUUUGUAGCCAUGUUUUUAUUCCCUGAAAGUGAUUAUUGUUAUUUCAUGCAAACUGUUGUCCUAGCUCUUCCAUUUUUUUAAAACCAAAUUUUGAGCUGUGAAAGUGAAUAAAACUUUAUUUAAACUUGAAAAUUAUAUUAGCCUGAUAUUUUUUUUUAAAUAUUUCAUGGGUUGUUUCCAUGUUUUUUAUUCUGUAAUAGCCUUGAAUUUUUUUUAGAGGCUAAAUGAUUGAAAAAACAAGAUUAUAUUUCAAAUUUAAAAUUCUUGAUUUAAAAAGGAGAAAUUCUGACUAUUAGAUUAUUAUAUUGCAUUGAUUUUAUAUUUAAUUUCACAGUGGGACUUAUAUGUAAAAAGCUAAAAUUAUAAUAAUGAUUUUGUAUUUACAGACAAGGGAUAUUGUACUAAAAAUUUCACAAAUGUCUGUUUGUGUGAGUAAUUUGUUUUUAUUUUCUACUUUAUGUAAUCAACAGAUUUUUAUCAUGAUACUAUUGUUUAUAAUAUGUUGAAAGUACCAUGUACAACAUAAAUUGAAAUAUUUUCCUUAUGACUACUUUGUACUGUAUGUUUAAAAAACAUCAAAUUUCCUGUCUCUUAUAAUUGGCACUCUUAUAUGUUGAAGGUGCCAUAAAACACAUGAACCCUGAUAUUUUUCCUUAUGACUUCUCUGUACUGUAUAGGAACCUAAAAUGUCAAGUCUAUUUGCAUAUAUGUUGAUUCAUCAAUGUACAGAUAUCCCAUGUACACUGUUUUAGAUGCUGUUAUCUAUGAUAAAUAAUGUUGAUGAGUUUAGCGAUGAGUGAAAUACAUGUGAUACACACUGAGAAGUCUUGUCGUGAUUGCUGAACAUUCCUACACAAACAUAGGCUUCAUUGAUGCUAAUUAAAAGGAAACAUUUAUUUUUAUUUGUUUCAUUGCUUUUUUUUUUUGUAAAGUUUUAUUUUUUGUGUUCACAUAAUUUUGUUUUAUGAAUCUGUAAAAAAAAAAAAACCCCAGAAAUAAGAUG